GGUUUUUGGGGCUGUUUAACCAUUUCUGUCCUUUCUGUGCUCCCCAGGCUGCAGAAGGCAAGGAUGGGGGACGACAGACCCUUCGUGUGCAGCGCCCCGGGCUGCGGGCAGAGGUUCACAAACGAGGACCACCUGGCUGUCCACAAGCACAAGCACGAGCUGACUCUCAAGUUCGGCCCCGCUCGCACCGACUCCGUCAUCAUCGCAGAUCAGACUCCGACCCCGACCCGGUUCCUGAAGAACUGUGAGGAGGUGGGGCUGUUCAACGAGCUGGCCAGCUCCUUCGAGCACGAGUUCAAGAGAGCUGCUGAGGAUGAGGAGAAAAAGGCAAGAGAUGGAGGGAUCACCCCGAGCCCUCGGGAGGUGCAGGUUUGCCCCGCACCAGGCUGGAGGAUGAUGAUGAUGAUGAUGAUGAUGAUGAUGCUGCUGCUGCUGAUGCUGCUGAUGAUGCAGGGUUUGUUUCGCUGCAGGUCUCCCUCGGGCUCCCUCCCGCUCGUGGUGCAGCUCGCCAACGGCCAGACCGUGCCCGUGCUGCCCGGGCCCCCCCUGCAGAUGCCUUCUGUCAUCUCGGUGAGAGAAGCUUCCAGAGCUCCUGCCCCGAGCAGGGACCGGCCCUGGGCAGGAGCAGGAGGGAGAGGAGGAGGGGGGAGAGGAGCAGGGGCAGCUCUGAUCCCUGUCGCUGUCCCUGUCCCCGUGCAGGUGUCCCCAGCCCAGCCCACGCCCAGCACGGGCGGGCGCCGCAAGCGGGCAGUGGACGAGGACCCGGACGAGCGGCGGCAGCGAUUCCUGGAGCGGAACCGCGCGGCCGCCUCGCGCUGCCGGCAGAAGCGCAAGCUGUGGGUCAGCUCCCUGGAGAAGAAAGCCGAGGAGCUGACGAGCCAGAACAUCCAGCUGAGCAACGAGGUGACGCUGCUCAGGAACGAGGUGGCUCAGCUGAAGCAGCUGCUGCUGGCCCACAAGGACUGUCCCGUCACGGCCCUGCAGAAGAAGACUCAGGGCUACCUGGGUGAGUCUGGGGCUCCUGGAGCCUGGCACGGGGCUGGCUGCCAGGGGAGGGGGGGAUGGUGUCCUGUCACCUCUGUCACCUCCCAUCACCUCUGCAGGGCAGGGCUCUCACACACAGGACAGAGCAGGGCUGGGCUGGCAGGGACCCCAAAAUCCCCCCACACCCCCCAGGGCAUUUCCACCCCUCUCCUGCUCAGGAGGGUCCCCCGGAUUGUCCCUCAGGGCUGGAGCUGGCAGCCCGGGCCGUGCCCAGGGCAGGGUUUGGUGCCUCUGCCUGUCCAGGGGGUUGGAUGUGCAUCCACCUCUCCCUGCUCCCGCCUGGCCCAGAUGGCCGGGCAAAGGACAGAGCUGGCCGUGCCCGUGGCCUCGCACGUCAUCAUGGCCCCACAGUCCCAGUCUGCCGGCAGAUGAUGGCCCCGGGCCCCAGGAGCGCCCCAGGACUGACCACAGCCCAGAGUGACCGCUGCCCCGGGCUGGCCACAGACUGACCACAGCCCAGAGUGACCACAGCCCCUGACUGACCACCAUGCCAGGAUUUCUCCUUUCUCUUCUGGGGUUUUACUUUUUGUUUUGUUUUGUUUUGAGGUAAGGGCAGCUCUGGCGCUGUCCCCGGCCCCGGAGCCCCCGGGCAGGGCGGGCUCUGUGCUGAACACUAAACCCUGUGGGGAGCUGCCACCCUCCCUGUCCCUGGGCAGGGGCUGUGACACCUGUGCUGUCCCCUGGGCAGGGGCUGUGACACUCCGUGCUGUCCCUGUGACACUCACGCUGUCUCCUGUCCGCUGUGACACCCGCGCUGUCCCCGCGCUGUCCCCGCGCUGUCCCCGCGCCCCCCAGGCUCGCUCCCGCCCCCGAGUCCUUGCACCUUCACCCGGAGGCUCCCGGCGCUCGGAGCUCGCAGGCUCGAGGUCUCCUCCCUCCCCGGUCCCGGCGAUGGAUUUUGGGCAGGAUGGGAAGUGGGACUGCUCUGGGUUUGUGUCCCAGGGCCUGGGACGAGGGGGCAGCGCGGGGCGGGGGAACAGAGGUGUCCCCAGGUGUCCCCAGGGGCUGCUGCAGGCGGGGUGACGGGAGAGGCGCGGCCGGGGCGGCUCCCGCAUUCCCGACGGGAUUGGAGCCGGGAAUGGCCGCAGGGAACGGCCCAGGACAAGCCCAGCCCGAUAAACCCAGCCCGGGGAAACCCAGCC